GCGAUUACGUGGCUCGAAAGCGGAGGCAGGACGCAAGCGCGGCAUCAUGGCGGCUCCCGGUGGUCGGUCGAGGGUGCUCCUGCUGCUGCUGGUGGUGGCGGCCGGGCUCGCCCCCCGUGCGUGGGGCCUUUACUUCCACUUGGGCGAAACGGAACGCAAAUGCUUCAUCGAGGAGAUCCCGGACGAGACCAUGGUCAUCGGGAAUUACCGGACGCAGUUGUACGAUAAGCAGCGAGAAGAGUACCUUCCCGCUACUCCCGGCCUGGGCAUGUUUGUGGAAGUGAAGGACCCCGAUGAAAAGGUGGUGUUGUCUCGGCAGUAUGGCUCAGAGGGCAGAUUUAUCUUUACUUCACACACCCCAGGAGAGCAUCAGAUCUGCCUGCACUCCAAUUCCACAAAGUUUUCCCUUUUUGCAGGAGGCAUGCUGAGGGUCCAUCUUGACAUCCAAGUUGGGGAACAUGCCAAUGAUUAUGCUGAGAUUGCAGCUAAGGACAAGCUGAGUGAGCUGCAGUUGCGUGUUCGCCAGCUUCUGGAGCAGAUAGAACAGAUCCAGAAAGAACAAAACUACCAAAGGUGGCGAGAGGAGCAGGAGCGUUUCCGGCAAACCAGUGAAAGCACAAACCAGAGGGUUCUCUGGUGGUCCAUAGUCCAGACUCUCAUUCUUGUAAUCAUUGGAGUUUGGCAAAUGAGACACCUCAAGAGUUUCUUUGAAGCCAAGAAGCUGGUAUAAAAAGAGUAAUAUCAGCUCAAAGCCUGCAUUUCUCCCAGGAACAGUUCCUGGCACUUCAGGUGUCUGCGUUGAUCUUCUCUUCUCUCAUUGGCCCUUUCCACCAGACUGGUCACUUGCCAGGUUCUGUGCCAUCUACCUCCCACUGUGCCAGCUCUUCUUCCUCCUUCAACAUGUCAGCCUGUGGUGAUCUCAGUGCAGUGUUUUGGUCCCAGGAAGAUGCUGCCUUCUUUCCAGAUAGUCAAGACCAGCUCCCUUCUCUAGCUCUACAUGAAGAUUGUGUUUUGUAUUUGCAGAGAGGGGAGGAAGGCACCAUGUCUUCAACUUUUCUCCUGACUAAAUAUGUUCUUCAAAAUUAGACUCUUCUGAAAGGCGAUUGGAACUUUGUGUAGCCAGUUUCACAGUAUAUCAGAACCAAGAAAACUUGCUAUUUUUAACUGUGUUGUAUAUGUAUUAGCACUGAUUUCUAAAUACCACCAGUGCAUCACUCAGGAGAAUGUUUUGAAUAAGAAGAUCU